AUGCUCGCCACCAUUGCCUGCCUCACCUUCUACUUCGACGUCAACGAUUUCACGGACCGUAUCAUGGUUGCCCUCACUGCCAUGCUGGUGCUGGCCGCCUUCUUCACCCAGACCAGCAACACCAUCCCCAAGACCGCCUACCUCAAGCUGAUUGACGUGUGGUACCUGGUGCUCAUCUGUCAGGUGUUCGCCAUCAUUGUGUCGUUGGUCUAUGUGGAAAACCUUCGCCUCAGAUAUAAGCUCAAUACGAAUCAGCAAGUCCUUGUUGGAUAUGGUCUUAGUGUGCUGGCGUGGCGGCUCUUGCCACUGAAACAUUGUUUAUCCCCAAUAGCCUCUGGAGUGGUAGCUAUUACCCCAAUGGAGCUGCUGUCAUCAUGA